UCUACCCUAUGGGUUUUCGAUUUUACAAGGAUUUUAUUGUGAGCAAUUUUCAGUAUCACUACAAUUUUUGAAAACGGAGUAUUGUUUGUUUUUAAACUGUUUAAUCGUGAACUAAUAAUAAUGUUUUGUGUUUAAUUAAAUUCUAAAUCAAUUAUAAUUUAUCUCAGUUUUUGUGCAAGAACCUAUACCUCUGUCUCAACAUUGCUGGACAUGACAGUAUUGAAAGAUCUCUAUUGUGUGAAAAACUCAUAUAGACUCUAUGAAAUGGAAAAGUUCCGGGAUUUUAUGUGUUACCGAAUAAGAUGAACUCAUCUAACCAUAAAUAUAAAAGAUAACAGUGAUCACUUGCUUUGUUCUACAUUGGUGAAUUGAUGAUACUCAACACGAACAUUUGUGCAAGGCGAAAAAAAGGAAAUGGCUGUUAAGAAGCAUCAGUUGGUUCGCCAGAAUCAAGAAGAGGUGAAUUUGACAACACUUGUGGAGUAUAUUCAACCAAUUGUUGAUAAACCUGUGUUUCUGCCACCCCCAAAUGAGCUUAUUCAAAGUUGUGAAAAUGUUGUCCAGUGUCUGAGUCGUUUGACGGGUACGGAGCAAGAGCUUUGGAAAUGCCUACGAAGUAUUGAAAAGUUUCUUGUUUUCGUAAUUAGCAAUGUGGACUGUAAAUUACGCAAUGAAAUUAUUACAACCAUUAUUAAUAAAUUCUAUUCCUAUAUUUCGGAUCCAAAUUCCAAUGCGUGCCCGGCCACGUCGGUGGUGUUAAUUGUGAUGGACGCACCCGAUCCCAGAGCGGCAUUGUCCACAGCCCGAUGGAUUAUUCAACAGAGUAAAAAAGGAGCAUCUGAUGAUGGUCUGCGGUCGGCGCUGUCAUGCCUAUAUCGCUGGCUCUCAGAGUCGUAUACAUUACCUUAUCUAAGCAACUGGAUACUAUGCUUCAUUAAGGUCCUAGAGGAAAAUCAAAUGUACGAUAUCCUUAUUGAGGAGUCAGUGAAGAAUAUAGGUAAUCUUUUUUCUGUUAUGAUAAGUCCUGCAACGCGGAAACAGCCCGUCGCUGAUGUAAUACUGCAUUUAUUGAUAUCGCUGCGGAAAUCGCCUGAAGCUUUUGACCGGAUAUCCAAGUAUAUCGGUGAUAUCCUAGAGUCUCUAGCUUCUGAUAGCAGGCAGUGGAGCAGGCAACUAUUGGGGAGCCUAGUUGAUAUUCUUACUUCUAUGAUGAAUAAUAAUAUGGAGUCAUUGAAGGGUGUUCAGCUUUACAUGUUCCGGGACAAAUAUAGCCACGUGAUCAAGCAUCUGGAACGACAUAUGGUAACCAACAAUUCUACGGUAGUGCUGGACCCUGUAUGGAAGUCGCGAAACACUGACCAACCAGCCAAGAUAGAUACUAUUACAAGUCCCAAAGUUGGUCUACAAAAUCUUGGCAAUACUUGCUACAUCAACAGUGUAAUGCAAGCCCUUUUCUUGAUUCACCAGUUUAGCAAUUACACAGUGCUCAAAAUGUAUGAAAAACCCUAUUGGGCCAAAAUGUCGUCGCUAUUUGUGACCAUGAUGCAUACAGUUGCUCCAUGUAUCAAACCAACAACGUUUGUGUCGGUCGCCAAACCGGACUUUUUUGUGCCGAAGCAACAGCACGAUUGUUUUGAGUUCUUGGGGUAUUUGUUCGAGUUGUUAAAAUCAUAUGAGAAUAGUACAUUAACCGACGCUAACUUUGCCUACAAUACACCGGUUGUGCUUAAUUCUAGCCGCACGAACGUCACUGAGAGCAAGUCGGGUCAUGGCAAGAGUAACGAGCCAAAAGUAUCCGAAAAGCCAUGCACAUCGUCACAAACUGCAGAAUCCAGCAACACGGCUGGUCCGUGCAAUCUAAAACGGCACUCUGACGUCGAUGUCAAUAUUGCUACCAAACGGCGGCGUUUUAAUGAUUCGUUCAUUAACAAUGUAUUUGCUGGAGUAUUCCUCACCCGUAUAACAUGCAUACAUUGUGGCUCUUCUUCACGCUCUAGAGAUGUUUGCCGCGAUAUACAGUUGGCGUUCCCAGAGAAAUCCGGUGGCAACCAGUACACUAUUCAAGGGCUGAUCGACUUUUAUUUCUCUAAUGAAAUAUUAACAGGAGAGAAUCAGUACCAGUGCCAUCAUUGUAAUACAUUGCGGGAUGCCGAGAAAUGUGUCAUCAUAGAAUCUACCCCGAAAAUAUUGAUAGUAAUUUUGAAAACUUUUAAAUACGAUACAAAACUUCGGGUUCAGACGAAAUUGAUGCACUCUGUGAUGUACAAUACAUCUGUUAAAUUGCCAACUCUGCGCAGCCAGACGGAUAAUAACUCGUAUAAUUUGUUCGCUGCUGUAAUUCACGCCGGUACCACCAUGAAUGCUGGCCACUAUUAUACGUUAGGAAAAGACAAUAGUGAUUGGUAUAUAUUCGACGAUUCCAGGGUAAAAGCAACAGACGAGACUGGCAUUAACAGGCUCGACCGUUCACACACACCGUAUAUGCUCUUCUAUAGGAGGAAUGAUGUAGUUGAAGGUACAAUUGCAGAUUUCGCAACUCUGCCUAAACAGAUGCAACAAACGGUGAUGUCAUGCAACAAGGCCCACUUAGAACUCCGUAAAACGACCAAAACUCGUCCAUGACGGUUAAGAUCUGACAAGUACAUGGACUUUUCAUUAGACUGUGAUAUAUAAACACUAUAGACACAUAUGUGGAGUGAGAUUAAAAGUGUCGGAACUGAUUUUUAUUUUCGAUUUAAAUUCUUUAUUGCAGAAAUGAUUAUAAGAAAGAAAACUUUUUAAUAAAGUAUAUUUUUAUUGUGUAUGGCAACACCCAAGAGUAUUUAUUUGUGCGGGUCAACAUUUUAGUGUGGAACUAUAAUCUGAACAUUUUAAGAGAGUGAGCGUUACAUGAGGGUUGCAGCUAAUGAAAAUUGUGUUUUUCAAUGUAAUGAAAACCAAAACAUCUAAUUAAGAACAUUUAUGUUAGUGUAGUUAAAUGUCACUUUUCUAUCAAAUAAUUAAAUUAAAUCGAAUAAUUUAUAAUUCUUCAUUGAUCAAACACUAGACUAUUUGUUUUUUAUCUGAAACCAAAAUUUAUGAUGAAUUAAGUCUUUAUAUAUACGAAAUUGGAUUGUAAAUAGAUAGAAGUACAUACCAUUGAAUACACACACCUUUAGAACCCACAGUUAGCCACUAGUCGCCUAUGUAAUAAGUCAAUGUGAUUAAUAUAUCAAAUAAAUUCUGGAGAGCUGUUAUCUUAUACAAAUAUCUGUUGUAAACAAUUAUUUUAUUCAUAAGGGUUGUUAACAUAAUUGUUAAAUGUGCUUACAACUUUAAAACACAAAUAUUAUGCACCCAUCAGUGGGAUUGCAUAUAUAUAUUUAGAGAAAAGAAGUAAGUAUUUGAUGAUAAUUAUAAGGAUAUUAAAAUUGUAUGAGAUCAUAAUAGUAUAGUUGAUGUAUCCGUCUAAAUAGCGUUCCCUGAACCAUUUUAUGUGUAUUAUGAAUUAUAUGAUUUCUAUGGUGUAUAUGAUUUUUAAUAUUGGGGCAAAAUCAAAGUGAUCACAAAUAGGUCAAAAUCGAACAUAUUUUUACAUAAGUCUCGAUUCUAAAUAUCGCCCUCAUUAAGUAGUCACUAAAAUUCGUUAAAUGUACUGUCUACCAAUCUAUUUAUGAAUUAAUUUAAAUAAAUGUGUACAAUUAAAAAUAAAUCUUAAUGUAUAUAAUCAAUUCCUAAUUAAUUAUAAGAAGGUAAUUGAUUUGUUAUGAAUAUGUGUGUAUAUUAAUUAUGACAUAAUACAU